AUUGUUACUAUAACGGUAGCCAUCUCUACUAGUAUCAGUAAUCACCAGGACGACGACUACUCGGACACCAACUUCACCAUCUUCACUUACCACUUGCCUGAUGAUGAAGACAUAAACAACACAGCUGACUGGUUUUUCGGUUUCACAGACAUGCCACCCGACGGAGACUUGAGCUAUACUUCAUAUGACAUCAUUGGGGAGAUGGAGAAAACAAAAGCUGUGGCUGCCGGCAAGUCUACAGUUCCAGAGAAUAAUCAAGUCGAUGAUCAAGGCGAUAUAGUCGAGCUAUUUCUAGCCCAAGUUAACGACCAAAAUAAAGCGAAAUGUGCACCAGGAACGGAACACAAUUUGGGAUCUGGUGUCAUCAAACAGUACGGCUUGAAUAGAUUUAAAGCACAGGCUCUGGUGGCUGUUAACAGAGCGAAUCUUCUAACCCGGAUCUGGAAAGAAGCGGAGAAAGAAAUCUUACAGUCAGAGUACUUAUUUUAUACACUGGUAAGGUCCAUAGUGGAGGGGGAUCCGGAAAUCUUUGCCGCUGGCAAUUGUUACGAUAAAAACGAGUUCAAAGAUUAUCACUUAUUCUGUGCAUAUUCGUAUAGGAUGGAAGAUGGUCGCAUCAACGUGAAGGAUCUUUCAUUGGAAUAUGACUAUUUGAAGAAUACGUCUGACUGGUUUUACAGUGCACGACAAAAAGCUAAAGAUCUAAAGAGGUUUAAUGUAACAAAAGGAGCGGUACAGUGGCGGUACAAUGACACAACACUAACUGCUGCCGAAGAGGACUCGACCAUCGUUGUGACGUAUGAUGAUGGCCACUGGAGCGUGCCCUAUUUCGACUGUGGAGGCGGAAAUAUUUGGAUGAUGACAUAUACAGUACCAUUUUUCGAAUAUGAAAAUGGAACUUUCAAAUUCAAGGGAACAAGUGGAAUCGAUAUUGAUCUACAGAAAGUUGACAUUGAUCAGUGCCCAGGCACUAAUUCAGCUGAAGAGAAUGUGUUUGCUAAUUCUUCCAGAUGUCGACCACAAACGACACAGUGUGAGCAUAUUGCUGGCCUAGGCUUCAGAAGAGGCUCGUACAAGUGCGUGUGUAAAGAUGGCUUUUAUUUUCCUGAUAUUGGAGCCAAGGAUAAGUUUUACCGGGGAACUGAGGUAGAGGAAGAGUAUGAAAAGAAAAGAAAGGGUCUGGCUAACCGUUAUGAUGAAGACUUCCAGUGUUUGCAGUGUGCCCCAGGGUGUGAGGUAUGCUCUGACCCCUCCCCCUGUAUCCUGGCCCUCAACUGGAUCCUCAGGUCCAUUCUGCUGGCCAUCUCUGGACUCAUCAUGUCCUUCCUACUCGUCUUGGUGUGGUUUACUCUCCAUUACAGGAAUGUCAAGGUGUUAAAGGCCGCAAGUCCAGUUUUGAUGCGAGUUGUUUUACUUGGCGCCUUCUUCCUUUAUUGUCCAUCGAUCGUCGGUUACUUCGAGGCCAGUACCGUGUCUUGCUGCAUGAAGGUUUGGUUCCGAGAGAUCGGCUUCUCCAUAUCCUAUGGCGCCCUGCUGCUCAAGACAUGGAGAAUUUCUGUUGUCUUUCGGGUACGGUCAGCGCAGAGGAUUAAAAUAUCGGAUGGAGAUCUCAUCAAGAGACUGGUUGUCAUAGUGCUGGUUUUUGCUGCCUACCUAACUGCACGUACUAUCGCCAACAUGCCAAAAGUUGUAGGAGGUAAAGACGUUAGCGAGUUGAAGGCUUACAUUUGUAAUGCAGAUUGGUGGGACCAUUCGGCAGCUAUAGCUGAGCUUCUCUUCCUAUUGUGGGGAGUGCGCCUAUGCAUUGUUGUGCGAAAAGCCCCAUCAGAAUUUAACGAGAGCCGCUUCAUAAGCUGGGCGAUAUACAACGAAUUCCUUCUUUCAUUAUUUCUUAAUGUUUCAAUGAUAUUUUUACGGGAUCCAUUUCCAACGAAUCCUGAUUUAAUCUACUUGGUGCUUUUUAUUCACACGCAAUUGACAACAACAGUAACCUUAGCAUUCCUUUUUGGCUCAAAGGCCUAUCUAGUUUAUAAAUAUCACGGCAAAAGUCAGGAACAGCAGAAUUCAACAACAUUAAGUAGAAAUUCUAAAUACAUCAUGGGUCCCCGACCUCCCAGUAUGUCAUCAAAUGCUGUUGGCAAGAAUGGUUACAGCAACGGCGAGGAUGACGAAUGCGAGAGUUUCCUGGAAAAAGAUAUUCAGGAAGAAUUUCGUCGACUCUACACUCAGCUGGAAUUGUUAAAACAAAGAAAUAUGAAGCUAGGAAACCGUCAUUUACAGGUCAAAUUGUCCGCCAUGACAGAAGCAGCACAGAAGGACGAACUGACCCUCGCAGAGACUACUGUAGAAUCUUCGCACUCAACACCGAACAUAAAUGGAGGCAGAAGAAUUGUUAUUAAUCUGGACGACUAUCACGUGUCUACGGAGGUUUAAACAGUUUUUCUCCCAGAUAAUAAGAUGCAAUGUCAACAUUGGUACCACUAGCUGGCCAGAGAUCUAUGUCAACAUUGGUACAACAAGCU